UACAAAAAAAAAAUAACGACGCGAUUUUUUUUUUUUUUUUUCAAGACGUGAAAGAUAUGCCGGUAAUCUUGAGACACACUUAUAUAUACAUUUUACGAAUAUGUACAAUUACAAAUGCAGAUUUCAAGAAGAAUGCACAGCGCAACUGCACGGCUGUUUUCUACAAAUUAUUUUUACAUUGACCGAGGCGUAUUAACACAAAUUUCAUAUUUGUUUAGGUAUCAUCAACGACAUUAUAUCGCGAUGUUGGCAUUGAAUAUCAAGAUAUGACACAAUCUUAUACCGAAUCUUCAUGCUUUCUUCGUAUUAUGCUGGAUUUGCGAAAACAUACGUGUCAUUGCAACGAGAUUGUCCGAGGAGAAAACAUUUCACCUUUCAAUCAAGCCACACGAUCUUUGUCCUGCCAUUUCAAAUCAAAAUUGCUUCGAGAAAACACCGAAGAUGCACGUUCAACUUACUAGUUGCAGAUCUCUGAAGAAUAAUUAAUAAGCGAAAGUAGAGGAUUUUAGAAGAAUCGAGGAUCUCGUGUAAGAAUCGUGCUUCUUUUAUUUCUUUUAUGGAAACGAUAAAAAAAAUUGUGACUUUGUACAUAAUUUAAAUAACGCGAAAGAAUUAUUGAAUCGCUUAUACUGCUGCCAUUGCACAAGUGACCUUCUUCGAUAAUUAAGACAGCGGUAAGUGAUGCUAAUGUAACGUAGAAUACCGCAGCUGUACCCUAAUUUCGUGCUGUGUUAGCGGCACUUGUCAAUGUAUUUUAUCGUUGAGAAAUUCUACACCGAACGACGACAGUAGAUUCGAAUAAUCAUGUACAUGUCGUAUUUCACAGUCACAUCAAUUCAUCGCUUUUCUCAAUAACUGGAGACAACAAAUAUCGUAUUAACACAAUACAUUAUUUUUGAUACUUAGCCAAUUAUGACGCGAUUUCUUCUACCAAACGAAAACUAGAUGAAGGGGAGAAGAAACACCGCCUCUCGAUCAGCCUCCCGAAUAUUCUCGCGCGCGGUGAUGCACCAGAUAAAAUUUGUCACGACGGUACACGUGUACUGCGACGACGACCGCAGAUGCACCAGGUGAUCCGGUGACUCGGGCGUUCUCGAGACAGUGUCGCGGCCCACCGAAUACCGGUGGCUGCUAUAAAUAAUUUGAUGUCCGCUCCGGUCGCGCUCGCGAUGGACAGCCGAGGGUACAGAAGAGAGUCGGCUAGGAGCCGCUGCAGCGGGCUCCUCUAGCGACCGCUCAGCCUCCUCUCCAUAUUAUUUCUCUCUCUCUCUCUCUCUCUCUCUCUCUUUCUCUCUCUCUCUUCCUCUUCUCUUCGAUCAAGAGACGAAGGACGUCUCGUGAACGACGUCUCGGAAAGAACUACGAAACGUCGUCGUCGUUUCUUGAUCGUCGACGUCAAAUCAAGUAGACAGGCAGAGGAAGAGAAGACUGGAGGUGGAUCACCGGCGUCGUUUCUCCGGGGGUGGGGAUGGAGCCGGAGCAACGAGGACGCGCUUCGUCGACGUCAAGCCUCGGACGCGAGGUCCGUUGCGGUUGUCAGUACUACCAGAGCGACUCGCUUCUGCCGGAACGACGUGCUCUUCUCGUCAGACCAUCAUCCAGGACGAUGCAGCAGCCACCUGCGGUCCGCUGCAGCGAGCACGAAUACGAACCGAUCGCGCCGCCGCCGCCGCAUCCGGCGAUGGCGCCGGUCGUACGUAUCAUCGACACGGACGUGAUGAUGCCCGUCGCCGACAGCGACGACAGUAUCGACGACCGGGGCCGGCUGCCACCGGAGCUGAUCCUGGACGGCGAUUUGGUCCUUCCACUAGAUGGCAAGAUCGAGGACAACGCGAUGGAGGGCCGCGAGCUCGGUGGGACCGGCGACACUUCCGAGGAGCAGGAGCCCACGGCGCAGCAGUUCCAGGACAAGCUCGAGGAGCGAUUUCUCGACGCGCCUACUCCUUACACCGAGUCCAGGACCGAUGGCGAGGUCAAUACCAGUCAGGUAGACUCGUCGGCGAUGGAGGAACUGCCGCUUCGACGCGGCGCUCGCGGCUUAUCUCAGCGUAUGAAGACGCAGGCUAGUAAGCUGCGCUCUCGGCUCCGGGGUUUUCAGCGUCCCACAUUCUCGUUCCCGCAAAAACGGCAGAAGCCUGAUAAGAAGACGACAACGACGACAACGAUGACGACGAGAUCGACGGCAGCGAGCAGCGGCAAAUCGGAAAAAUCUCGCAAAUCGGCGGAAAAGCGACCCAGCAGAAUGGACCGGAUAAGAACGUCUAUUUCCGAGAAGACGGCGAAAUUCAGCCUGCCACUCGAUCGAACAAAGUUCAGUUUGCCUGACAGAUCCAAAUUUCAUCUGCCGGAAAGAUCAAGAUUCAGUUUCCCGGAUAAGUCGCGCUUCCACUUGCCGGAGAGGCCAAAGUUCAAUAUCAAGAAGCCCAACAUCCGUUUGCCAGACGCGCUUGCUCGCGUCAAACGUCCGCCUUCUCUGCGCGAGCAACAACAGCAACAUUCGACCGAGUCUACCGCCGGUUCCAAGCGUAACAUCUUCGAUUUCGCCACGUAUCCGCGCAUUUUCGACAAGAAAUCCAAGAAGCGCGGUGAAUACGCGACAUCCUCGCCCAAAGAUUCUAGGACUCAGUCCGCGGAGAGUGCGACUUUUCCUCGUGCUCAGAAAGGGAAAUCUUUCAGCGCCAGAUGGACCCAGCGUUUCGGGAACUCGAGUUAUAUUCAUGGUCGUCCGGAGGAAGAGGCAGCGGCGAGCGAUGGCUCUCCUCCGUGGCAUCAGAGUUCGAUAGAAGAACCGCCAAGGUUGUCCGCCAGAACAGAAGAGGAGAUAUUGGCAGCAGCUCGCGCGAUCCCGUGGGAGGAUACGAGAAAACGGGAACAGUAUGAUGAAGAAGAGAUACAGUACAUGGACUAUGAGCAAGAGUCAUCAGAAAUGUCAGAUCGGCAUCUCGCUCCACCGAGGAGAACCCAUAAAAUGUCGGAACGACAGGAAGAAUCAUACGAACAGGAAGAAGUGAUAGACCCGAAAUUAUAUGACGAUCGAGAAAUAAAACGCGUUCACAGAGAUGAAAUCGAAGAGGAUGAAAAUGCGAUGACGCGAGACGAUUGGCACGCAGAUCAAGAGAUGAUGCUUGAGGGAAAAUUCAGACCAAUUCCUAGGUCACUAUCGUUGGACGAGGAUAUACCGCGAGUUUUGGAACGAGAAGGAUACGAUGGAGCAUUCAUGGCCGUAGAUCCGAGACGAUAUGGACCGCAUAAAAUGGCGUCUGAGGAGGAGCAAGAUGAAGAAGGAGAAUUGGAGGAGGGCGAAGAGGAACAUGAGCCUUCUUCGAUGCAAUCCGAUCGGGAACAUCAAGCGUCUAGUGGUAGUUCCUGCGAUCGAAGGCGUCGAGGAGUCAUAGAAGAGAUUGAUUCUGAUGAAUUCUUCGUGCGGGCAAGCGGUAUCAGUCAAGACGAUAUAAACUUAGACAAUUACUUAACCGACGAGAUUCGAGAAGCUCUCAAAUCGAAAAUCGUCAGCGCCUUGCAGGAUGACGAGCUUCCACCUACUCCGCCGCCUCAACGUCCUAUGAGAACGCGAACUUUGAGGAAACAUAAGGAAGGAUUAGCGGUGGAGCGGUCUAUCGAAGCGAUACCACCGGCUAGACCGAAACGGGAACGCGCGGCGGCAGCUCGACGCAGUCGCGAGGCAUCGAUCGUGGACGAGAUGUUCCGUGAACGCACGAGAAGCGAUUCUAGAAGCGAUUCCAGACAUCGCGUGGUAUAUCAGACGGAGGGGAAUCAACCGGAACCAUCGGAGGAACCAUUGGAUGACAUAGUCGUGGUAAAACCGGCGCGAAGAAAGUCGAGAUCAUCUUUACGCAGUCAGUCGCAACCGCCGAUGGAAACAUCGAUACUCUUUCCCUCGAUGUCUGCUAUACUCGAUUCGUCCGUUCUUCCAGCCACGCCACCCGCCGUACCAGUACGCAGGAAGCGUUCGCACCGAGAGACGAUGAUGGACCGGAGAAAUGGCGAUGUAAGUGCACCAAUCUGCAAUGGUCAUCGUGAUGACGAGUGGGAAAUCGAAAUUGCCAAGUUCAAGAAGCCCGUGAUACCGAUGAGAUCAUCGCGAUCGCGUCAGUCGUUAGUUGAGCGUGAUGUCAUAAUGUCCGCGAGUCGCGAGAACAUUGUAAACUUAGACGCGCGGCACCGACGGGCGGAAUCCGCACCGGAACCGAUACCAGUACCGCCGAAGAGACGAUCCCGUUCAAGGACGACGUCGGUCGCCGCCGACGAGGAUAGGACAUCGCACGGCGCGGAGUCUCUGCCAGAAGCCGGCUACGUGGAGGAGGACAUACCGCGAGAGGACGAGAACGACUCGGCGCGGGAUUUAUCCGGUUACGCGAUCGUAGAGAAGCGGGAGAAACCGCCUAGACCACCGCCGCCUAGGAGAAAACGCAACAAGUUCGCUACGACGCCAAGACCGACCCCGCCUAGGCGACCUCAACGAGCGUACAGCACUCUGGGACCCGCCAGAACGAGAGAUACCAGCGUGGCAUCGGAAACGACCAUCGAUAUGACUCUAGCACCCGCUGAAUCCGCGCCGUACAUCGAGAUUGACGCAGAAGAUAUCGAGCACAGAGAUCUCCGCAGUGGAAUGCUUAACAAGAUCCAAGGCCGACCGCUUCCGGCACCGCCGCGACCACCCAGGGCGAGAAAAGAGCAUGCAAUCAUUGAACGACCUCGUACCCCAUUCGAGUAUUCAGAGACAAUGGAGACGACGGCAGCGACACAAACCGAUCCAUUGCCGGAUGAUAUGGUGAUCGAGGAGAUCACUCAGGCGAAACUCAUAGUGACGCCUUCAAGAUCAGGUUCACAAGUGAUGGUAUCGAUGGAGCGCAUACCCAGCCCAAGUAGGACAGGCACGCCGCCCGUACCGCCACUACCAAUAUCGCAGUUUAUACGAAAGGAUGAAGAGGAAGAAGAAGAAGAGGAGGAAGAAGAGCGGCAAGAAGAGGACAUUCGAAUGGCGUAUGACACAAUGUCACUGACGACACCGUCGCCGAUAAGAGAAACAGAUUUAGAAGACAAGCACAGAUCGGUGCCGCAUUUGAAAGAACGCGUCGCGGAAGAAUCGCAACCGCGACCUCAGAUCAGAUCCUCAGGUCUGCUACCUGACGAACCGUUGAGAAUCAGCAGUCUCGAAGUCGGCGAUUUGAAGGUCGAUCGGCUGAGCGUAUCACAGAUAGAAGCGCACAAAAUUGUGGCGUCUGAAGUGGACGCAAUGAUGAUUACGGCGUCGGAAUUGAGGGGUGGCACAAGUUCCGUAGAGGAGAGUUUUUCGCCAGCCAUCAUCAGGGAACUGAUGGCGAUUAGAAGCCACUUGGAAACCGUAGUGCAGGAAAGACACCGCGAAAGCGAGGAGUCCGCGAGUCGCAAAAUAACCGACAUUGCUAUGACGGACAACAGUCAAAUUCAAGAGCAGGGAUCUGUUUCGCAAGAAGAUUCGCGGGAAGUGGCAGAAUCUGACGAAGCCAUCGUGAAUGAACCAACGUUCGCGGAAGGCAAGGAGGCGGAGACUAACGAGGAUCAAAAGGUUGUUAAAACAGACAUAAUAGAUGUCAAGGACAAAAAGAUAUCACACGUUCUCUCAGUUGCUCAAGCCAAAGAAUUCCCUUCCUCCCAAACACUUGCAAUAGAUGAAUUAGAAUCCAAGGAUAAAGACGAAUUCAUCACACAUUUGCUCACAGUUGCUCAAGAUAUUCAAGAUAAGUCCUUACACAUUUUAGAUUCCGAACAUCCCCUAACUUUGAGUUCGCAAACCACAUCGGAUUUUCACGUCGACGAAUCUCGUGCCUCGUAUCUUCCGUCGGAUGUGCCUUCAACUCGACCUUCCGAAUCGAGAGAGUCGCCAGAACGCGUUGAAACGCGAGUCGCCGAACCUCCGAGUAGCUUUAUCCAGGCUACUAUUACUGCUUCUACUGCUACUGCUAUUGUUGCUACUACUACUACUACUACUACUACUGUUGCCGACCCGAGCACAACAUCUACGAGUCUUCAUGGCAGCAUGGAUGAUUUGUUUGAUAGUAAAGAACAGAUUCCUCGCAAGUCAAGGUCUAGAUCCCCUUCACCUAGCAAAGGUAUCACGCGGCAAACCGCGUCCCCAGUCCGUUCAUUGCCACCAGCCAUCUCUGUAACCCCCGACAUGCCUGAAUCAAUAGUACAGAGACACGGUAUCUCUAUGGAUGCUCAACCACAGCGUGCCAUCAUUUCCUAUUCUUCGGACACGAGACAUAGUGUCCCUAAGGACGCUCAACCGCAGCGUGCCGUCAUUUCCCAUUCUUCCGAUACAGGACAAUCCCUUAGAGAGAGACAAAGGGAAUCCUCUGAAUCCCCAGUAUCCUCUUUUCCUUUAAACGCAACUCACUUAAUCGCCUUUCCAGCCUCUGAAAUUCCAAUGCAAUUUUUUUCUCUGAGUGAAACAAAUCGACACAUUAAUAUAGAACCUGGUGUUAUAGACACUACACAGCAGCUUCUCCGAGCUCUUCGAUCGGCCGGUAUAAAAGCCAUGAGGCAUUUUACAAGGUAUUUAAUGUCCAGAAUAAGUAUAGAUGACACAACAGAAAAAAUUAGAGAAGUAGAACUAGUAAUAUGUGCUCUAUUACUUUUGAUCGUAGGCUUGUUGAUAUAUUAUUUCAAUAGCACACAAACUGUAACACAUUUUCACCAUUGGGAUUACUUUAAUCCCCCUCAAUAAUAUAUUUUCUACAAUCCAGUUUGCCUACAUCAUAUGUACACAUAUUCAUAAAUAGUUCAUUGGUAUGUAGAAAUUAAAAUUUCAUAUUCUUGUAUAAAUUUGUUUUAUAUAACAAUAAUUGUGUUGAAGAAAAUAAUCAAAAAAAUACAGACUAGGACAAAGCAAGGAAUUGGGGAACGGUAUUAUAGUUCUUAUACAAGCUUCAAAAUAAAGCAAAAUGCCAGGUUUGUAACAAACAAAUUGUAAUUUUAUCAUUGUGCCAAAUGUACAAUUAAUACCUGAAGUAUACUAUUUACAACAAUUCGGUCCAAUUUAUCUAUUUUAUGAUAUAUACAAGUGAAUUUUUAGUGUAAAAAGAUUAUUAAAUAUUUCAGAUAAUAUAAUAUAUAUAAUAAUAAAAUUUCUUUUUAAUUUAAAAGAAAAUAUAUAGUAAAAAAUCUGUAUUUGUAUCUAUCCUAGCUAGAUUGUUAAGCAAUCUUUUUGUUCUUAAAUUCCUUUUCAGUUCCCAUUCGUAUUUUAAUAGUCUGAUACAUAUACAUAUAUAAGAUGUUAUUGUGUGCACUAUCAAUUUAAAAAAAAAGCAAGUAAGACAGAAAAAAAACAUAUAUGUCUAUAAUCUCAUGAAAAUUGUUUGCUAUAUAUCCAAAUUUAUUGCUUUAAUAAUGACACAGAAUGUGUCACAAUGAGAUGAAAGAGUGAACAGUAGAAAUAAAUUAAAAGGAAAGUUCCUAUAUAUACAAUAUAUAUAUAUAUAUAUAUAUAUAUA